AUGAGGCGAUUCAGUUUAGCUGACCUGACUUCUCCGGCAAGCCACUCUACUAGUGGCCUUCUACCCGUCUGUAUCAAUUCAUCAACUAGUGCUAGUUAUGCAAGUGGCGGAAGUUGUGGUAUCCUAUCUGAUUCUGGCGGCUGCAUCCUGACAGAUUUGCCUCUGGCAAGCGUCCCAGCUCGCCACAGACAUUCUAGUAGUACUGGCUCAUCCACUCUUAAUUCUGUUGGGCAUCCUGUAGCUGUCAUUACAGCAAAGACAGUAUCUUCAAUGAAUUCCUCACUUGCACUACCACAUUCUCCGACCCAAAUGUCUCGUGUCUCUUCGAGUGCCUCUCAGUCGUUAUUGCGAGAUUCCAUAAUAUCCACUUCGGAAUUACAUACUGAUAUUUCACCUUCACCCAUAACUUCAAAGUCAACGCUAUCUCCAGUUUACAGAAGACCCUCACUUCUCUCCGACACCACACUUACCGGCCUGCUAACUUAUGCUGGACCCAUGGCAACUUCCUAUGGCUUGACCGAGCAUGAUGGUGAGGAGUGUUGUAACUGGAGGAAGCUGUUAGGCGUAUCAACUUGGGAGGAGGCAUUCUCUCCA